CGCGAGCUGGAGCUAGUGAGCCGCCUUGAGUCUCGUCCUCUUAUUGAGGGCUGUAAGAGAUAAUUCUACACAAUUCUUUUUGAAAGUAAAAUAAUGUUGGUUCUUUCACGAUAAUACGCCUCUGGCUUAGUGUUCAACCAAGCUUGUUCGAGAAGCCAUGAGCUGGCACACAUCCAGCCGUCGAUCUACCGUUGCUCCGAAUCCUGGCCAAUCGCGUUUCCGAGUUCCUAGCCGCCCUAGGCUCAACGCCACUCUGGCUCUUCGCUCGGCUUUCCUCCUCCAAUCCACCUUCUUCCUAGUCGCGUCCACCGCACUAGGCGCCGCAGGAAGCGGCGGGUUGGGACGCCAUAGAUCGCGGGAGGUCCGACGCCUCGAGCAGCCAAUCACACGCACACAGCUGGCACCUAUUAGCCUGAGCUUCUUUGCGGAAGUUUUUGGAGUAGACGUGAUUAAAGACAAUGAGGUGGGCGGCAAGGGAGGGAAGAAGCGAAGGGAGCAGGUGGCGUUGCCGAAUUUAGGGUGUAAAGGCGCGAUUUGCCCUGAGUUUUCGGGGUGCGGGCAGGGGAUACGGGCGUGCUGGAAUCCGGAAGUCGUGGACGGGCAGGUGAAUGAUAGCGGAGAGGAAGCCACGACCACUCAGGUAACACCGGCAGCACCAGCAGCACCAGCCACAGCAGCACCAGCAGCACCAGCCACAGCAGCACCAGCAGCACCAGCAGCACCAACAACACCAGCAACAGCAGCACCAGCAACAGCAGCACCAGCAACAGCAGCACCAGCAACAGCAGCAACAGCAGGGCCAGCAGCACCAGCAGCAACAGCAACAGCAGCAACAGCAACAGCAGCAACAGCAGGACCAGCAGCACCAGCAGCAACAGCAACAGCAGGACCAGCACACACAAAACCAGCAACAGAAGCACCAGCAGAACCUGCAGCACCAGCAGAACCUGCAGCACCAGCUGCUGCCAUACUUCCCUCUGCGUCCCACGCGCCAACUAGAAGGCGGUUGGUGGUGCAGCAAGGCGUAGCAACAACAAGCGGUGCUGUGCGGUUGAGAUGCCCUCCCAUCGUUCCCUGGGAGGGCGUGCAAGGCAUGGUGUUGCUUCCCAACUGCUCCUUCGCCAUCGCCUCUCAAGAGCAUGGGCUGAAGGCAUGGCAAGGGGGAGCAGAGAAACAACUCAAGGAUACCAAGGGCGAACGAGUGGGUGCUGAAGAGGGGGAAGUAGAGGGGGAGGCGGAAGAAGAGGAGGAAGCGGAAGGGGUGAGGGUGGAGGGCGGGGAGGGGGGGGUGCGGGAUGGGGGGGGAAGGGGGUGGGCGGGGCAGGUGGUGGAGCUGAGGGGCGUGUUUGUGGACGGGCGGGGGAGGGUCUUCAACGCCUCGCACCUCUUCUGGCCGGGGGGUUGCGGCAGGCGGGCAGCGCUCAGUGAGCCCUUCACAUACCCAGCAGAAACGCCCAUCACCGUCCAUCCCCUUGCAAUCAACCUAGCCGCACCUCCCUCCAGAUCAAACUCACUCUCUUCUCCCUCCUCUUCCUCCUCUUCCUCCUCCUCUUCUUCCUCCUCCUCUUCCUCCUCCGCCUCCCCCUUUCUCCCCCGCGCCUCGUUCUUCGACCAUCUGGUGCAUCAUCUCCCUCUAUUCAUCCCCCUCGCGCCUCUCCUCCCCCAACUGCUCUCUGAGGGCGCUCGCUUCCUCGUCCAAGAACGCAAGUGGCUUCAUGCCCUGGCACCACACUUCCUAGGAGCCCCGCCCCAUCAGGUCUCCCUGUUGCCUCAACCGGACAAACCAACGCACCUGCUCUUCGUUGAAAGGCUCAUUCAGGUGCUCUUCUAUCAGGUGCUCUUCUAUCAGGUGCUCUUCUAUCAGGUGCUCAUCUAUCAGGUGCUCAUCUAUCAGGUGCUCUUCUAUCAGGUGCUCUUCUAUCAGGUGCUCAUCUAUCAGGUGCUCUUCUAUCAGGUGCUCUUCUAUCAGGUGCUCAUCUAUCAGGUGCUCAUCUAUCAGGUGCUCUUCUAUCAGGUGCUCUUCUAUCAGCCGUCAUUCCAGCACUGCUCUCACCCCUCCCCCUCUCUCCUCUCAUUCCUUCGCUCCCACCACCUCCUCCCCCCCUCGGGCCUCCCCCUCUUCCACGCCAACUGGACUCUCAGGCACCCGCCACCUGUCCCCCUCCCGCCAGCUUGCGCUCCCAUCACCGCUGAUGUGGCAGCUGACUUGGCGGCUGACGUGGCAGCAGCUGCUGUAAAAGAGGGAGAGGCUGACAUUGCGAAGGGCAUCGGGGGGGGUGAUGGAUUCGCGGGGGUUAGGGAGCUUGUGGGGGAGGAGUGGGUGGUGGUGGUGGCGGUGCCACCUGCCGCGAUGUUAUUGGAUAAGAUGGAGGAGAUGGUGGACGGCAUAAUCCAAGAUAACUGGUGGCAUGGGCGGGUGGUGUAUUGGCGAGGAGGCAUGGGGGUGAAGGAAGCCAGGGCUCUCUUCUCUCGCACUCUCCUCCUCGUCGCCCCACCGGGCGAGGCUCUUGACUUCAUUCUCUUCCUGCCUCCUGCCGCUGUUGUCCUAGAGAUUCAACCUUCGACUCAGCCCUCCUCCUCCUCUCCUCCUCUCAUCCCUCCUCCUCCUCCUCCCACCGCACUCUCUCUCACUCCCUCUCCCUCCGCCAUCACACUCUUUUCUGCAAGCUCGUAGACAUUUCUGGGCAGCCCAAAAAACUUUCCUGUGACCAGGUCGUGCUCACCCUCCUCAUGCAAGCCCUCUCGACGGAAGUUUACUUCAGCCCGCACUGCCCAGAGGCAGCCUGGCAGAACGAGCUGCCCUCUGGAGAAACGCCAUACCCGGGUCUCUGAUUCGCGGGCAGAGGCUGGUGAAAAAAUGGAAGGAAUGGGCGGCAUGCGUGGCCGGAAAGGGCAAGUGGGUUCGAAACCCCAAACCACGAAUUCUCCCGUGGGAUUACCGAGGAGUGAGCAAUUACUGCGACAACAAGCACUUGAGCUUGAAUUCGAGCCACAUGGCAUAUGCCAGUCAGGCGGAUGCAUAUGUGAUCGUGGGGCCUGAGGCUAGUAAGGGGUCUGAGGCGAGUAAGGGGUCUGAGGAGAGAGGGGGGUUUGAGGAGAAGGGGUGGUCUGAC